AUGGACAUACCAGACAACAGAGUCUUCACACUGGCGAGCAGUUUCCCGGAACGUGUGGCAGUUCAGGUAUUCUUGAUUGCAAUCGCCUUCUUGGUUCUCUGGAAACAUGUCCAGCUUCGCAAACUUCUGAAUUCCGUCAUCUCAACGCCCAUCAAUGUCUACCUUUGCUGGAAAUACCCGAUCCAGUCAUCGGACCGAUCGGUGGAUAUACCUACAUGCCCAUUUCGGUUCCCGAAUGGGCAAGGCAAUAUAAAGUUUUCUGAGGGUCGGGCGAGGUCUCGAGAAUGGGGGAGUGAAUUUGGCCACAUCUAUCGCAUCUGGGCAGGGAGUACUCCUGAGGUGGUACUUACCAAGCAUGAUCAGAUGCCCGCUGUCUUCAAAGACUCUCAUUUGCACAUAAAGUCAACGAAUUUUGAUGCGGGAUGGCUAUUCGGCGAACUCGUUGGUAAAGCGUUGGGUCUACUUAAUGGCGGGGAUUGGAAUCGUGUGCGAAAUAUCUUUGCGCCGCCGUUCCACCAGGCCAAGGUGGUCAACUUCCUGCCAGUAAUGGAGCGACGGGUGCAGCAAUGCCUUCAGGAGCUACACGAGAAUCCUAAGAUUCACCGCAACGGUACUCUCAUCCUGAAGCCUGCGGAUGACCUUCGCCUCGUGUCAUUUUGGGUUCUCUGCGACAUACUAUACGGAGACAUGAGUCCGGAGAUGGAAGCUCAGUUGCUCGAAAUUGUCGAAAUCCGAGAGAAGGUGUGGGCGGGUGUUACCGCCGGGGGUUUAGCCCGCCUAUCAAUCGGACGUUUCCUGCCAACUCCAACGAAACAUGCCCUGAGAACUUUUCGGGUUAUGUGGGCUGGUUUCAAUCGUCAGGCCGCCGACCGAGCUCGUAGCUUGUUCGACGGGCUCCCACCAAUCUGCGACUUCUUCUCAGCCGUGGACUCUGGCAAGCUCUCUGAGCAUGAGAUGCUGGAUACCAUGGAUGAGAUACUCUUCGCAAACCUUGACGUCACUAUCGGCAGUCUGUCGUGGGUGCUCGUGUUUUUGGCUGCUCACACUGACGUGCAAACGGAUUUGCGACGAGAAAUUGUGGAGAAUAAGUCUCGAGCUUCUCCGGCUGUCUGGGACGAGUAUAUCUCUCAAUCCUCCACACUACUGAUGGCUUGUCUUCUGGAAUCUGCUCGGCUACGGCCUAUCGCAUCUUUCUCUGGGGCACAAAGUCCCCCGUCGGACCGUCAGGUGGACCAGUAUGUUAUUCCAGCCGGAACCAAUGUCACAGUUGACAUUCAUGCUUUGAACAACGACGACCAAGCCUGGGGAGAUGAUCGCUACCAGUUUAAUCCACGACGUUUUUUACAAGCAAAGAAUCCGUCCGAGUUCCGUUAUCGACUUUGGCGCUUUGGAUUUGGCCCUCGGCAAUGUCUAGGGAAAUAUCUCGCCGACCUGUUUCUGAAAACCUUGCUUUCGCACAUCCUCGAGAAUUACUCGAUUCAGAUGAAGGACUCGUCCCAGCGGUCGAUGGACGAUUUUAAGGGUAACUCGAAUGCGUGGAUCAAUCUUGCUGCGGAGGACGUUGUGUGGGUAAAGAUCACUAACUCGGAGUAA